UCAAAUGAGCAUUUGACUCCAUUCACAAAUUUUUUACUUUGUAAAUGUUUUUUCUUUCAAUUCGUUCUGAACUUUCAAAAUUCACUUUCGUCUAACAAAAAUGAAUUUUUCGAAAAUUAGUAGCAAAGUUUCAAAUUUUUUGUGUACAUAUUUUUCUAUUGUUCCAAAACUUUCAAUUACAAAAUCCGCUAUGACCGGAAAUAAGAGCGAGGAAGCGAACUCGCAUUGUGUCGACAGUUCGAAUAGCCCCAAAUCCAAGGCCACCAAUCCGUUCUUCAUCUUCCUGCACGAAUUUCGGCAAAAUCUAAUGAAACGCGGCGCCUACAAGCACAUGACAGCGAAAGAGAUCGCUUGUGCGGCCGGCGAACGCUGGCGUCAGAUGUCGUCCGACGAGAAGCUCAACUACGUGGUGUGGGCGCGCAAGAAUCAGCAACAGUUGGAUCCGCGUUUGCGCGUAUCGCCGGGCAAGACACAGCGUGAAGUGCAUGGCAAUAGAAGUGAGACCAAGUCCGUGCGGCGUCGCGGAUCUCGUCGUGGCAUCACACGGCAGAAAAAGGUCAUUAUGCAGAAACGUCGUCCAAGUUAUAUCAAGUAAACUGGCGGAUAGUCGCUCUACAAAGGGUUGAAGGAAGGGCUUACACCGUACACUUUUUAUCGCUGGUAAAAAUUUCUUUGUGACACAUAUUAUUUUGUUUGUAUUUUCUAAUUUUCUAUGAAUUCUCUUAUGGUUGUGACAGUAAAAGUAUUUUUAUAAUUGUGA